CCAAGGAUUAUAAAGCUAACACGCGCACGCUUCUCUCUCAAGGUUUUCUUUUCCGGGGGUGUUUUGAAGGGGUCUUCUCUUCGACUUAGGCUGCUCUGCUCGCGAUCUAGUGUGAACAAGACAGCCGUCUGAUUCUGUUUAAGUUGAUUUGGAGCUUAGAUUUGGGGCCAACAUUACGGUCUAGAGUUUUUGGGCUGUGUUUGUGGUUGUGGUGGUGGUGGGGGUUCCAUACAUCUUGUUUAGUGAAUUGUCGUCGGCUUCAGUUGGAGUUAUUUCCGGUGAAAGGUUUCGCUAUUCAUUGAGACAGCAAGGGAUAAGUGACUGGUAAAUCACUUUGCUUUUGGGGUUGUGUUUCGUUAGUUUAUGGGGUGGUUUUGUGUUGACGGUUAGGGUUUUUGGUUCAAUUAUGUUGCUGUUGUAGGGAGUUUACUUUGGAGGUGUAAAAUUUGCAUUUCGGAACUUAGAGGCUAUAAAUCUUAAUUUAUUUGAACUAUUUAUCAACUUUGAAGGUGAGUUAUUUAUUUAUUUAUUUAUUUAUUCUGGGUUUCAAUUAUUCAAGUGAUUUCAUUUUUAAGUGUUGUAAACUUGGAAUUUUGAUGAAUUUUCUUGUUUUAAUUUUGAGGAUAUGUUUUUUAGAACUUGGUUUUCCCUCCUUCUUUGUGAAAUUAGGAAUUUGUCAUACUGAAGUAAUCUAGUUAAAAGGGAAUUGAAUGGUGAAAUGUUUUUGUCCAAACUCAAUGGAGCCUUAUCAUGUCUUGUUCAAGCCACACAGCAGCUAGAUAAGGCUAUGUGGAAGUAUGUGGGGGUAACGUUAUUCCCAUGGUUUGUAUAUGCAGAGUUGGUAGUAAGCGAAUUGUUUUGUCCCAGUGAAUAGAAGAACUAAAGAAUUACUGGAAUAAAAGAUGAUGGUGAAGAAUGAUAAAUUCCAUGGAAGGUUUUAUGGAAAUGCCUUUGAGACAGCAGGUGAAUUGGAGGGUUCUGGUAGCUCAGGACGGAUUGAUAUAGAGGUUACUGCUUCUGAGGAUUCAAGUGCCCCUACAAGGAAAUGCAUUAAUUUAAAUUCAAAUAAAGAGGAUACUUUUGGUGUUCCUAAACAAGUCCUUUCCCUAUCACGCAUGUCGCCAUCUGAAAGAAAGGUUGUAAUACAUAGGUUGAGAUUCGAACUUGAACAGUUAGGGAUACUCCAGAAGAAAGUGGAGUUGCAGAAAGUGAAUGCCGUUACAGUGUCUUCUUCCAGUGACAUUCUCAGUUGCAGCAAUGGCGCAAAUGGGCCUCGAGCUGCAAAUUUUAGCAAGUCAUCUGUGAUGACCUCUGGGCCAGGGAAGAAGGCAAAUCCUAUAGGUAAGGGGCGUGAAUGGAAUAGGAGUAGUUCUGGGAGGUUCAAGUCUGCAAAGCAGGCUCUAGCACCAAGCACUACAAAUGUGAUGGUGAUGAAACAGUGUGAGAUGCUGUUGAAUAGAUUGAUGACCCAUCAGUAUGGAUGGGUGUUUAAUGAGCCAGUUGAUGUAGUGAAGUUGAACAUUCCAGAUUAUUUUACUAUAAUUAAGCAUCCAAUGGAUUUGGCAACCAUAAAGAGGAAGAUAGCCUCAGGGGUGUACUCAAGCCCAUUGGAAUUUCUUGCUGAUGUGAGGCUUACUUUCAAUAAUGCAAGGGAGUACAAUCCAAAGGGGCAUGAUGUACACAUCAUGGCUGAUACUCUUAGUAAAUAUUUUGAAGUGAGAUGGAAAACUAUAGAAAAGAAAUUACCCAAGAUUGAUGCUCAGGCUUUACCAGCAAAGUCAGGCCCUUGUGAAGAACUGCAAAGUUCUGAAACAUCUCCCAUUAAAAAGAGAAAAAUAACUGAAUAUCAACAUGAAAUUGUGCUAGAGCCUGCUAGGCAGAUAAUGACGGAUGAUGAUAAGCAGAAUCUAGGAAGAGAAUUGGAGUCUUUGUUGGGAGAAAUGCCUGUAAAUAUCAUUGAUUUUUUGAGAGAUCAUAGUUCUAAGGGAACGGAUGCUGGAGAGGAUGAAAUUGAGAUAGAUAUUGAUGAUCUCAGUGAUGACACUUUAUUCACAUUGCGGAGGCUUUUAGAUGAAUAUUUGCAAGAGAAACAAAAGAACGAAUCAAGGGGGGAACCUUGUGAGAUAGAGCUGUUGAACGUGUCUGGGCUAAGCAAUUCAUCCAUGCAACAACAAAAAGGUGAUGAGGAGGUUGAUAUUGGUGGCAAUGAGCGUCCGGUCUCAAGCUAUCCUCCUUUUGAGAUAGAAAAGGAUGCAGGUCACAAGGGCAGUAAAUGUAUCAGUUCAGGAAGUUCCAGUGACUCUGACUCUGAUAGUUCUUCUGAAAGUGAAUUUGAUGAUGCUAAAGCUUUGACUCCAGUAGCUGCAACAAAGGCUCCCGAAAACCUGGGCUGGGGAGCUCAAUUUGAUGAUAAAGCAAGUGCUGGUGAUCCGUUGGAGUUAUAUCAGUCAUGUCCAGAAUCUGUUAGUGGGUUGGAUCAACUUGAGCAGACUUCCCAGCCAAAGCCAAGCUCUCUCGAGUCAGAUUGCUGUCAAGAUGGGGACUGUGCACCAAGUGGGAGGCAGGUUUCCCCUGAGAAGCUCAUCAGGGCUGCAAUGCUGAGGAACCGAUUUGCUGAUACAAUAUUAAAAGCUCGAGAAAAGGCGCUUUUGCAGGUUGAUAAGGACCCUGAGAAACUGAGGCAGGAGAUGGAUGAGCUUGAGUUGCAGAAAAAGAAAGAAAAAGCUAGAUUGCAAGCUGAAGCCAAGGCUGCUGAAGAUGCUCGAAGGCAAGUUGAGGCAGCAGCUGCAGCUGAGGCUAGGAGGAAGAGGGAGCUUGAAAGAGAAGCGGCACGUCAAGCUUUGUUGAAGAUGGAAAAAACUGUUGAAAUUAAUGAAAACUCUCGGUUUCUCGAAGACUUAGAGAUGCUUAGGACUGCGCCUGCAGAGCAUUUACCAAGCUCUGUCGAUGAGACAAGCCCAGACCACUCGCAGGAUGGCUUAGGGGGUUUAAAGUUUAGGGGAUGUAACCCCUUAGAACAGCUUGGUUUGUUCAUGAAACAGGAUGAUGAGGAUGACGAGGGUGAGCCGUUAAAUGUUCUAAAUCCUGUAAAUGACGUAGAAGAGGGAGAGAUUGAUUGAGUUGUGUUGCUUGUAUUCAUGAAUGAUAAUGAAUCAUGGUUCCAAAGCAUACAAUCUGUUUCCAGGGCA